CCUCCCUAGUGCAGCGCGGGCGCCAGCCAGAGCGCCGCGGCGGCGGGCACUCCAGGGAGGCCCGGGGGCGGGCAGUCGGGCUGCCGCCGCGCGCCCCCAGCGCAGGGCCCAGAAGGAGGGGCAGCCGGACCAGAGAGCACGACAACCCAGCACUUACAAAGCCUCACCCUAGGCAAUCCUGCCGGCCCCCUGGCCGGCGGCCACGGACAGCAUGGACGCAGUGCUGUUGGAGCAUUUCCCCGGGGCCCUGGACGCCUUCCCGACCGCUUACUUUGACGAGGAAGAUUUCUUUACCGACCAGUCCUCCCGGGAUCCUCUGGAGGACGGCGAUGAGCUGCUGGCAGACGAGCAGGCCGAGGUGGAGUUCCUCAGCCACCAGCUGCACGAGUAUUGCUACCGCGACGGGGCAUGCCUGCUACUGCAGCCCGCGCCCUCGGUCGCCCCGCACGCGCUCGCCCCGCCGCCCCCUGGGGGUCCCGGCGAGCCUGAGGACAGCGGCGGUUAUUGCUGCGAGACAGGGGCGCCCCCCGGCGGCUUCCCCUACUCGCCGGGCUCGCCUCCCUCCUGCCUGGCCUACCCUUGCGCCGCGGCUGCGGUGCUGUCUCCAGGGGCUAGGCUGCGUGGUCUGAGUGGUGCGGCGGCGGCCGCAGCGCGGCGGAGGAGGCGUGUGCGCUCUGAGGCUGAGCUGCAGCAGUUGAGGCAGGCGGCCAACGUCCGCGAGCGGAGGCGCAUGCAGUCCAUCAACGACGCCUUUGAGGGGCUGCGCUCGCACAUCCCCACGCUACCCUACGAAAAGCGCCUCUCCAAGGUGGACACACUGCGUUUGGCCAUCGGCUAUAUCAACUUCCUCAGCGAGCUCGUGCAGGCGGAUCUGCCGCUGCGGGGUGGCGGCGCAGGCGGAUGCGGGGGACCCGGCGGCCGCGGGCGCCUGGGCGGGGACAGCCCGGGCAGUCAGGCCCAGAAAGUCAUCAUUUGCCAUCGUGGCACCAGGCCUCCCUCACCUAGCGAUCCGGAUUAUGGUCUCCCUCCCCUUGCAGGACACUCUCUCUCGUGGACUGAUGAAAAACAACUCAAAGAGCAAAAUAUUAUCCGAACAGCCAAAGUGUGGACCCCAGAGGACCCCAGAAAACUCAACAGCAAAUCUUCAUUUAACAACAUAGAAAACGAACCGCCCUUUGAAUUUGUGUCCUGAGAAAAUUCAUAUUUGGUUGAGGAUCUGAUUAUGUCUCUGUGCAUAUUGUACAUGUAAAUACCUAUAAUGUAAAUGUAAUUUAAGAAUCAAAUUUUUCUAAUGGCAAUCAACUGUUAUUUAUCUAUUUAUUAUCCUGUUGAGUUAAUGAAAUAGAUGAUCUCUUUAUAUAUAUAAUUUAUAUAAUUUAUCCUGAUUUUCUAAAAAUAUGCAAUAGCGGAUGAUUCCCCCAGCACCUUUAGCAGAACUCUGCGUUGUUGGAAGAACUCUGGUCAGAAAACUUCAUGCUUAUUUAUUACCAAAUACAGUUUAUUUCUAAGCGUUGUUAAUAAAUGCUAUUGACACCUUUUUCUACAA